AUGGACGAGAUGAUGGAGGUGCCGAAAGAGGACGAGAUGAUGGAGGUGCCGAAAGAGGACGAGAUGAUGGACGUGUUUCUGGAUGAGACAGUUUCUGAAGCAGACAGUAAAAUAGAAUAUUUUAGACAGGACGCUGAAGUAUACAAAUCAAUAUAUUGUUCAAUAAUGAAAGAUGAAUGGGCUAGCAAACAUUCUGUUGAAGUUUGGUGUGAACCUGUGGUUGAGGUUCUAUCUGUGAGUCUCUGCAACAAUAAUAAGAACAGCAACAUCACGAGAUCACGGGAAAUUUAUGGUAAUAUUUUUGUUGUUGAUAGUAUGAGUAAUACGACUAAUACCAAAUGUGAUAUCUAUGAAAGGAAUGAUCAAGAUGAUGAACCAGAGAUAAUCCCUUUUGAUGGUGGUACCUUAAGCCUCACAGGGCCUGAUGAUGUUAUGUCAAUGGAUAAACCAUUUAUUGGUAUUGAUAUCUUUGACAGGGCUGUAGAUGAAACCAUCAUUAAUGGUUUUGAACCUUUGGUGAAGACUGUUGAUAUGGCAAAACAAAAUCAUACGUUUGAACAAUUCAACAAACGUAUGGUUCAUGGCCAUUAUGAGUCUGGCUGUUCCGCAGAGGUGGAGUACCUUGCACUAACUUUUGGUGUUUUUGCCCCUGUCGAGGUCCGACUCAUUAAGCAGCCAGUGGAAGAAGGAAAGGGGAACAAGAGGAGAAUAGGAGAAGUAAAGGAAGAGGAAGAACUUGAGGUUUACGGGACAAUUUCUGCCACUUAUAAUCUUUUAUGUUCGGAAAGUAAAGUUAAUCGCAUUAUGCUUUUUGAGAUUAAGGAGGAUUCUAACGAGUUUGAUUGGGUGACAUUAGGGUGUCCCCUCACCCUGUCUAGAUCUGUGGUGGCAGUGCCUGCAUAUUCAUCUCUCACAAUUCAAGUAGAAUUAUGGGAUUUUGCUACAAAGAAGCUAAUUGUUCGUGGCAGCAAUAAGUUUGAAACUAAGAACUACAGGGUUAAGAAAACCAUUACUGGUCUAAGUUAUUUAGAUGCAGAAGUGACUAUUGAUUGGGAGAAGCCGUUCAAGUUGGAUGAUCCGGUCGUCAAAAAAUCAAUCAAUUGGAGAAUUUAUUCCCAUUUUUGGGGUCCUCAUGUAGUGGAGGUGUUUUCAAUCUUUAUUGGUCGGGAAACUGACAAGCCCUUGCGACUCCAUGGAAUCGUUGCCUUUUGUGGUGGCAAUGGUGAUUUUAAACUUUUCAAGAGAGGCAAGGAUGAUCCGUUUAUCUUGGACCCUGGCAGAAAUUUGUUAACUCUAAAAGGCCCAAAUAUAAUUUUGGCAGGCGGGGAUUCAUUUGGGAUAUCAGUGGACCUUGAGGAUGUUGAUGGUCUUGUGUCAAUCAAAGGGGUUGUAUCGUCAGGUUAUGGAGUUAAUCAUCAUCAAGAAGGUUGGUUUAAUCGGCUCUUGUGUUCUGUUAUUAAAGGUAAGCAUGAACUUAGUUUUGCUGCUGUUCAUUACACAGUCAUAGCUUAUGCUAUAAAGGUUACGUUAAAAGUUCACUUGUUCUUCAAAGGUGGGCAUGAACAUUCUUCUAAUGAUAUUAGCACAAUUCAUGGGAGUCUUGUUGCUUUAAAUGAUAAGUAUGGUCGUAGAUCAAGUUAUGAGAAAUUAUAUUAUCGAAAUGUGAUUUUUGAGAGGCGUAAAGAAAAUCCUUUAGUAAUCUCAUGUAUGGAGGAUUUUGAUAUGGAUAUGGAGCUUUCAAAAAAGGUGUUUGCUGUUCCGCACAAUCCCCGCUUGUGUAUAGCAGUAGAUUUGAGUUGUCAAUGCCCGAGUUUCACUGGAUUCAUCAAGGAGACUGCUCAAUUCGAAGUUGAUAGUAGUGUUGGUAAUGAUGUGGUUAUUGAGGGAGAUUCAUUUGGAAUAAACAUCAGUGUCAAAUGGAGUCAAGCAUGAUUUGAUUUAGCUAUUAACAAAAAGAAAAGAAAAAAAGUAGAUCAAUCUCUUAGAGGACAAACCUUUUAAAUAGAGGGAUUACAUUGUAUGUUUGUUUGUUUAAUGAAUAUUGCCUUUUCUUUUCUUUUUUUUGACAAACGCAUGAAUUUUGGGUUUAGACAUUCAAAUGUUUAACAAAAUUUUAUCAGUUGUGUGUAGUAAGAACUUAUAGAAAAAGUGAUUAAUAUUCGGUUGUUAGACUUGUUGUUA